GUUUGGAUCAAGCUAGAGCACUUCCCAGUUCAUCUCAACGACCAUGGCGCUCUUUUUAAAAUAGCCUCCCUCUUUGGCAAGCCCAUUAAACUCGAUUCCAACACGGUGAUUGGUGUCUUCCCUGAACAACCUAGGUUCUGUGUUGAAAGGGACACCUCCUUGCCAUUACCCUCCCGUGUUCACAUUCGAUUGGGUUGCAGGGAUCUCUGGAUCCCCUGUAAGUUUGAAAACCCACCACAAUUCUGCUCAAGUUGUUACACUUUCGGGCAUACCCUCAACCACUGCCGGAAGCAUAAACUCUUGAGCCUCUCCGGGAAAGCUCCGGCCGGUGAGGUGGGCCACAUGGGAGCGGGUAAUAAGGAGGAUUCUGCAGGUUGGACAUGGGUAAAAGCUAAACGGCGAGGCGGGCAAGUCUCCAAUUUGGGCAGGAAUGGAUGUACUUGUGGGCCUAACCAUUCCUCUUCCAAAAACCUUGUCCAACAGCAUAUGGACAAUUCUAGGACUGGCAGCCCUCUUCCCUAUGUCCCCCCUGUUAUUCACAGCUCUUUGGAUCAACCAACCACGUCUAAACAAAUCAAGUCACACUGGUCUCUCCUCAUGCCCAUAAUUGAAGAUGUAAAUGAAGAUGAAGCCAUUUCCACACCAUCUCCUUCACAUAAACACCUUACUGUCCCACUGCCCCAUCAUCCCACUGAUGACAGAUUAGCUUUGGUCCCCUUCUCGUCUGGUCCAGGUAUUCCUUCCUUUGCCUCAAACCUUGCCAGUAAAGAUGACUACUGGGUUAGCAAACCUUCCCUAGCCUCCUCAGUGUGUGUAAAUUUUGGAAACCUUGACAAAGAAGUAGAAAUCUCCACUUCAUACUGCCACUCCGAAGGCAAUGAAGGGGAUAUACCUUUUGACAGCUCUGAGCUUCGUCCCCUCCAGCUGGACAUUCCCUCUUCCAACUCCACCCCCAUGCCUUUCAAAAAGUACCUCAAACACUCCAAAGAUUUUACUCCUCAUGCUAUGGAGACUAGGAGUAAGAGUUCUAAUAAAGUACCCUCACUGUUUCCCAAAUGCAGCUGAUUUUUUGGAAUGUCUGCGGGGUGCCCUCUUCCCUUGACAGACUUCUUUCCCUCAAGAGG